AUACAGUCCCCACCCCUGUGGUGUAUGCUAAAUCAACGUGCCUACCGUUUCAAGUAAUUCAUUGCGAAGAGACUCAGAAAAGUAUGUGUCCGUUCGCGCUCUUUGCGGUCUUUUUAGGACAAUUCAUUUUUUCGGUGAAAGCUUCGACCCUUACCCACAAACCGAGAGUGACAUUGACAGACAAAGAUGUGAGCUUCCUAAGAAUCCACCUGUCUGGGAAUAACAGCCGUAUAGAGCUCCUGCAGGGCCCUCAGGACAACAUAGUAUAUGCUACAGACCACAUAAACCUGUUCCAGACAAACUUCAACAGUUCUAAGACCUCUAGAAUGCUAAGUCCUGUGUUUCGAGAGGAAUGUAGAAGUAAUGAUUCCACAUCACCAGACUGUCACUAUAACAUCACUGUUUUACACAAGACUAACGAUCCAAACCAACUGUUCCUGUGUGGAACCAAUGGACAACAACACACAUUGUGCUGUUACAUGAACCCAUCAGACGACCCGUUUAACUGCACUCGAUCCAAGGCCAUCCAAAACAUUCAACAACACAUAAAUGAAACAGAGCCAUCACUCCUCAUUGGUUCUUCUGGGGUAGAGGAGUUCUACACCACUCACUCAGGCACAGAGGGUUCCGUGGGGAUCAACAGGUUCGGGAAGAACAGACUAUGGACAGACAACAGUGGAACAGAACAGAGAUAUGUGAGUUUGGUGGCUAGCGGGCAGAGAGAGGAUCGUCUGCAGGACAGACUAUAUGCUUUCUACAUAGAGAAGAACCGACACCCGCGUUUGGACUCUGAUCUCUGGGUUCCCCGGGUUGCUCAAGUCUGCAUGGCCGAUCGUGGAGGACCUAAGGGUUAUCUUCAGUUCAGGUGGACCUCCAAGUUGAGUGCCAGGCUCUUCUGUGGAUACCAAGACAGCAGGCUGUCCUUCACCCAGCUAGUGGACGUGAACACUGUUCUGGCAGAGAGGUGGCAGGAUACCAGGGUCUAUGCACUCUUCAGGAAUGGCUGGGGUAUGAGUGCUGUAUGUGUCUACACCGUAGAAGAUAUUGACCACAUCUUUAAAACCUCCAACUUCAAGGGACACACGGGGUCCAUCCCAAUCCCACGACCUGGGAAGUGUGUUGAAGACAGUACUAGACUCCCCAUGGAAGUCCUCAAGAUGGUGGACAAGGUUUCAGAGAUGGAGGAGUGUGUCACCAGUAAGCCUCUCCUGGUCACUCACCACUAUUACCACCACAUCCGCGUGGACAGAGUCCAAGGCAAAGGGAAUGUCCUGUUUCUGUCUCUAGGGAAUGGAGGGAUUCAUAAGGUUCUGGAGAGGGAUGGUCAUGCCUUCGUCAUCGCUGAGUUACAACCUUUUAACUACAGAGCACACAUCCUCAGUAUGAUGUUGCACUCCUCCACGGGGAAGCUGUAUGUGGGCUCCAGCAGAGAGCUGGUUCAGAUUGACCUGGGCAGCUGUGAGCAGUAUGGAGCCCAGUGUGAAGACUGUGUCCUGGCCAGAGACCCUUACUGUGGCUGGGAUGGCCAUCACUGCACCACAGCAACAAAUAAGACAAUUCAGGAUGUGGAGAACGGGAACCAUCAGGUAUGCAGCAACAUAUCCAGAGGAGUUACUGCAAGUAAAGGAAGCAGAGAAAGUCAAGGUUGCCAAGAAUUAAGACAUUCAAGAGCUCCCAUCCCUGCAAGUUAAAAGACUGCAAUUUAAAUUCUGCAUAACGGCACAGCAUUUCGUCAACUUCACCGUGGGAAAUGUGAUACUGUAUGCUUCAGUUUGCUGCCAUAUGACUGGUUUCACAUUUGUCUCUAAGGUAAAAUAUAUAUUUUUAAAUGCCAUUUAUAUUUACAAUUAACUUAUCCAAACGGAUUUCUUAUUUACCUAUCUCUUAUUAAUGGCUCUUAUCAAGUUGUAAAUUACAGUCCUUGGAGAACGGUGUUAAUUCUAUCGGGGAAAAAUGUAAUGCUUUAUAUUCCUGGAACCGGUCGGUUCACUAGACCUUAUUUAUGGUUUCGUCACAAGUAAAGGUGGUAAAAUGAGGAAAUUAAGUCGAGAUCACAUCUUCAUUUAUUCGGUCUACACUCCAAACAAAUAGUGGAUGAAUAGCAUGCUAUUAUCAUGCUAAACAGAAUACUCUGAGAAAAGUGUAUUAACUCGGGUCGGAAUUGGGUCCUAAUGCUUAGACCUGUUGUGUAUCAGAUGGAAAGUUUGUGUUGAGUUUGAGUAAGUGUGAACAUGAGUCAAUGAGUGAAGAGUGAGUAGUCGAGAGGUGUGGGUAGUUAACAGGAACCCCACACAAUGGAAAGUCAGCUCUUCCGGAGGUGGGGGGCUUUUGCAUGCUGAAUCAUUUCCGAAACCUACAAAAUACCAUAAAAUGUUUUAGGGUUAUCCACGAUACAAAAAAUCUGACACCUCAUUGUGAGAGCCCCUUAUUAGUAUGCCUAAUCCAUGCUUGAGUAACAGGAGGCUUAGGCCACUGUAGCAAAAAUAGGCCUCAACUUCCCAUAAAGACCUUGUGACAGCUGUCAUAUGAAGAGGAAGCGGUUUGUAAUCAUGAACUUUUUAAAACUGUGACAGAAUGUUAUCAAGUAUUUUCAUGCCUCAUUCCUGCGCCUGAGUCACUUUCCCACUCUAAUCUCUAUGGUGCAGCUGCUGAGACAUGGCUCCAAGUCCUGUAUCAUUCAUGUGCAAAUGAAAAUGAUGUGCCAAUGAAAAUCAUGUUAAAUGGAGCUGGAGAAGAAGGCAGACGUUUUACGUGCCCCCAACUGAUUGUGUUUUUUGUUUGUCUAUUUGCGUUGUUUGUAACUCAUUUUUUAAACGUAUUUUGUACAAAAUGUUGCCGUUACCGUCUCUUAUGAAUGAAAAUAACUUCUGGACAUCAGGACUGCGAUUACAGACUGGCAGAAUCCUUUUUUUCCUAUAACGUGUCUGACGAGCCUGACACGAAUGAUAUACUGCUUUCUCGGGAACAGGCCCAGAUCCCCCUGAUUUGUGUGAAGAGGAGGUGGGGGAAAAGGGGCCUGAGGGCGGGCUGCCUUCUGAGAAUUCGUAGGCGAUCGAAUAAACCCCCACUUCCUUCCAUUCUGCUAACAAACGUGCAAUCUUUGGAGAAUAAAAUAGAUUACCUACACGGAAGAUUUAACUACCAAAGGGACAUUCAAAACUGUGAUAUCUUAUGCUUCACGAUAUCUAAGGAAGUCUCAAGCUAUUGCUCGCCUAAGGUAGAGUCUCUCAUGAUAAACUGUAGACCACACUAUCUAUAUAGAGAGUUAUCUGGAUUUGUCAUAGCUGUUUACAUACCAACACAGUCACAGGCUGGCACCCAGACAGCAUUGAAUGAGCUGUAUUCCAUCCUAAGCUCCUAGUAGCCAGGAACUUUAAUGCAGGGAAACCUUCGUUAUACUAAAUUUCUAUCAGCAUGUUAAAUGUGCAACCAGAAGAAAACAAACUCUACUCCACACACAGACUCGCAUACAAAGCUUUCCCUCGCCCUCCAUUUGGCAAAUCUGACCAUAAUUAUAUCCUCCUGAAAAAUGUAAACAGGAAGCACCAGUGACUAGAUCAAUAACAAAGUGGUCAGAUGAAGCAGAUGCUAAGCUACAGGACUGUUUUACUAGCACAGACUGGAAUAUGUUCCGGGAUUCCUCCAACGGCAUUGAGGAGUACACCACAUCAGUCAUUGGCUUCAUCAAUAAGUGCAUCGAUGAUGUCGUCCCCACAGUGACUGUACAUUUAUUUUGAUUUUCUUUAAACCUUUAUUUAUACAGGUUUUUCUCAUUGAGAUAACAUCUCUUUUCCAAGAGAGACCUGUUCCAAUAGCAUCAGGGGGAACAAUGUUUCAGACAAAACAACUUACAUACACUAACAACAUUAAACAAAACUAAAAACACACAAACGGUACAACAAAAACAUUUUACCUAAAAACCACGAAAGUAUUUACUAAAAACAACUGUCCUAAAGACAAUUACACUCUUCUAUGAUAUAUACAUCGAUCAAGUGUUGAAACUCCACCAACAAAACUAGAUCAUCAAAUUUUAAAAUGUUCAGGAGAGAAUUCCAGGACCACGGAGCUAAGUAUCUAAAACUAUUUCUACCAUGACCUGUUCUACUUUUUUGGUACUGUUAGAAGCAAAUGAGCAUGGGACCGUAAUUGAUAUUUAUUUACCAACCUAACUAAAAAAGAACAGAGAUAAAAUGGCAUUUUACCCAAUUUUGCCUAUGUAUACCAGUGUUUAAGCCUACGCAAGGUCAAUGAUGACCAGCCAACAGCGCUGUAGAGAUCACAAUGAUGUGCUAGAUGUUAUUGAUUUGUAAUGAACCUGAAGACUGACUGCAUGAUACACUGAAUCAAGUGCUCUCCGUGUAGUGGUUGAGACCUGCAUAUACACUGCUCAAAAAAAUAAAGGGAACACUUAAACAACACAAUGUAACUCCAAGUCAAUCACACUUCUGUGAAAUCAAACUGUCCACUUAGGAAGCAACACUGAUUGACAAUAAAUUUCACAUGCUGUUGUGCAAAUGGAAUAGACAACAGGUGGAAAUUAUAGGCAAAUUAGCAAGACACCCCCAAUAAAGGAGUGGUUCUGCAGGUGGUGACCACAGACCACUUCUCAGUUCCUAUGCUUCCUGGCUGAUGUUUUGGUCACUUUUGAAUGCUGGCGGUGCUUUCACUCGUGGUAGCAUGAGACGGAGUCUACAACCCACACAAGUGGCUCAGGUAGUGCAGCUCAUCCAGGAUGGAACAUCAAUGCGAGCUGUGGCAAGAAGGUUUGCUGUGUCUGUCAGCGUAGUGUCCAGAGCAUGGAGGCGCUACCAGGAGACAGGCCAGUACAUCAGGAGACGUGGAGGAGGCCGUAGGAGGGCAACAACCCAGCUGCAGGACCGCUACCUCCGCCUUUGUGCAAGGAGGAGCACUGCCAGAGCCCUGCAAAAUGACCUCCAGCAGGCCACAAAUGUGCAUGUGUCUACUCAAACGGUCAGAAACAGACUCCAUGAGGGUGGUAUGAGGGCCCGACGUCCACAGGUGGAGGUUCUUACAGCCCAACAUCGUGCAGGACGUUUGGCAUUUUCCAGAGAACACCAAGGUUGGCGAAUUCGCCACUGGUGCCCUGUGCUCUUCACAGAUGAAAGCAGGUUCACACUGAGCACAUGUGACAGGCGUGACAGAGUCUGGAGACGCCGUGGAGAACGUUCUGCUGCCUGCAACAUCCUCCAGCAUGACCGGUUUGGCGGUGGGUCAGUCAUGGUGUGGGGUGGCAUUUCUUUGGGGGGGUCGCACAGCCCUCCAUGUGCUCGCCAGAGGUAGCCUGACUGCCAUUAGGUACCGAGAUGAGAUCCUCAGAUCCCUUGUGAGACCAUAUGCUGUGUCAGCAGUUCCUGCAAGAGGAAAGCAUUGAUGCUAUGGACUCGCCCGCCCGUUCCCCAGACCUGAAUCCAAUUGAGCACAUCUGGGACAUCAUGUCUCGCUCCAUCCACCAACGCCACGUUGCACCACAGACUGUCCAGGAGUUAGUCCAGGUCUGGGAGGAGAUCCCGCAGGAGACCAUCCGCCACCUCAUCAGGAGCAUGCCCAGGCAUUGUAGGGAGGUCAUACAGGCACGUGGAGGCCACACACACUACUGAGCCUCAUUUGGACUUGUUUUAAGGACAUUACAUCAAAGUUGGAUCAGCCUGUAGUGUGGUUUUCCACUUUAAUUUUGAGUGUGACUCCAAAUCCAUACCUCCAUGGGUUGAUAAAUUUGAUUUCCAUUGAUCAUUUUUGUGUGAUUUUGUUGUCAGCACAUUCAACUAUGUAAAGAAAAAAGUAUUUAAUAAGAAUAUUUCAUUCAUUCAGAUCUAGGAUGUGUUAUUUUAGUGUUCCCUUUAUUUUUUUGAGCAGUAUAUAUAACAUCACUAAAACCGCCAGUAAUGUACAUCGUACCAGCUCCUUCCUGGCCUCAAAAGAAAAAUAAGCCUUAUGCCAGUAAUAAAAACCUAUUCUCAG